UAUGUGUGUGUGAACAAAGCAUUGUCUUAACUCGUAUUCACAUAGAAACAUUGGCAAUAAACUAGGAUAGAGAGCGGGGAUUAUUGCUAUAGUCAUUACUGUUGCUACAGGGCAUUGCCAGUAAUUGAGCAACAGAAAUAAUAGACUGGGAAGUUUGUGUGUGGGAGGGGCAGGUGAUAUAUAAGACACACAGGUGAACUGACAGUCAGUCACUCAGAGUCUGUGCAGUGCAGCAGCUACAGUAUGCCUGAGACCAGGAACAGAGGAGAGUCGCUGUAUCUCAGUGUCGGGGUCCUGGCUAUCAGUGCAGGAUGUUUGCUUCUAUCAAUACAUUAUUACAGCUCUGCUGCAGCUGCUCCACUUGUCUCCUCUUCGGUCCUGGGCGUCCUGCUCCUUAUCCUAGCAGCGAUACUGGCAUAUGCAGGAAUCAGAAAAAUCACAUCAAAUGUCUCAUUGUGGGUCUCAUUUUACUGGACAGUGUCAGCCAUGUGGUGUGGUUCUGGAGUCAAUUUAAUACUGAUAGGAAAUGAUGUCAUUGGCAUCUCUGACAUGAGAAAUGCAAUGGUUCCUGGCCUAGUGUCCUUCUUCCUGGGGUUGCUUAUUAUUGGAAUUAUUGGGAUCCUUCAGAGGGAAAUUCUCCUUUCUGUGAUGGCUGUCGCACUUUCUCUUUCCUAUAUUCAUGAACUUGUUAUACUCUAUGACAGCAGAAUAGGUUCCUCUGCAAUAGCAUGUAAUUACCUUAUUGUGACUGUAAUUGGGAUAUACUUUAUUGGAGGACGGGCACUCCAUAACUUCAGUAAGAAGAAAGUUAGUUUGCCUGGUAUAGACCAGUCCAACAUCAAAGACAAGGAGCAAGGUGCCGCCAGAGGUUCAUGCAAUAUAGAGCUUACAGCCACUUGCCUGAUCCUUAAUAUGACGGCCUCUAGUGUAUUUGGCUGCAGGCUUCUGGGAAUAACCAAUACUCUGUUUGUGGGCCAGGUGGCAUGGCUGUGGACAGCUGCUAUUUACCAGACUGGUAUAUGCAUCCUGUCAUACCGUUAUUAUCACAUUCUAGAUGCCACAUAUUUUGCUUUUUUCUCCAUUCUGAGAUAUGCUGAAGGUUACUCAUUACUGUAUCAGUUUCUGAACACUAAUGAGCUAAGUUACCCAGUCCCAUUCUUUGUAGUCUUUGCCAUAAUAUUUGUUGUCCUCUCCCUGUUUACAAGUAUUCAGAGCCUGGUGCAAUCUGUGUACUUACUCUUUUAUGUGGCCUAUUGCAUAGCAUUGGCCAGUAACACACAUGGGUUUUUUCAUGAAGGAUCCCAGGGAGUGAAUAUUGCAGUAUACAUUUCUUCAGCGAUUAUGGUGCUGGUCACUCUAUACAAUGCACAGGCAUCUGCAAGUAUCCCCACUGGGGAGGGCACCAUUAGGAAACUGUUCACCAGUAAUAACAUUUUCAGGCUCCGUCAGGGUAAUAACAUCCGUGAGCCCUUCCUUGGCUAUUCCAAGUAUGCUGAUGCUGAAGUCCUGGCUCAUGCUUGUAGCAUUUUGGCUGCCUUUGCCAUGACAAUGCCGGGAAGCUCUGGAGAACCCUUGGGUACAGUGGUCUUGCCCUGGGUUGUCGUUGCUGGAGGGCUGUAUAAUCUCAUUUGUGGGUCAGUAGCUUUCUCCCGUGGCAAGACACUGGAAAGUAGCGCCUUUAUUCUGUAUGGCGUAAUGUGGGUUAUUUGGGGAAUUUCCCGGUACAGUGGUAUCUAUAGCACAAGCAGAGGCUUUAACACUGCAGUAGGAAUCAUAUGCUUCAUUCUCUUUAACAGUUUCAUUGUAUUCAGCACACUUUUCCUAUCUAAGGCCUGGUUUGUGUAUUCUCUCACUUUCCAGCUUAUUCUAAUCAGCUUCCUUCUAGACUCCCUCAACGCUCUUCCUCUGGGCUAUGACAUCGCUGUCACUAUUAUCUUUGGCAUUGCUGGCUUCUACUUAUUUCUUGCCACCCUACAUAAUGGCACCUUUGAGGCUCCCCAAAUACCAGUAGGCAGCCCAUUUAUCAAAAUUAGUGGAUUUUCUAAUCAGACAUCAAAAUGUCCCCAUCUGAUCUCUACAAAGACCAGCUCUGUACGACAGAUCGCAGAGAUUAUGAGAAAUGGAGGAAUAUGUGGUGUUCCGUCAGACACUGUCUAUAUCCUGGUGGCAGCGUGCAAUCAGCCAGACGCCGUAGAGAAAGCCUACAAGACAAAGCGUCAGGCUCAGGACCGUCCAAUGUCAUUGUGGAUUUCUAGUCUAGAUCAAUUAAAAGCUGCAAAACAUUUGUUUAGUCCGCUGUUAUGGGACUUCAUGCAGGCUGCCUGGCCCUCAUCCAUCAGCUUGGUGAUCCCAAGAGGGCCAUGGCUGGAUGUGUUGGGUGCCAGGGACUCUGCAAAAUACAUAGGCACCCCUCAGAGCAUUGCCAUACGGAUCCCAGACUGUGCGGUGACUACACAUUUAAUUGAUAUGGUGGGUCCCAUUGCAGUCACAUCAGCUAAUCCAUCCGGGGAAGCAGACACAACUCAUCACAACCAAGUCUAUGCAAAGUUGGGAGAUAAGGUAGAUGGAGUGCUGUGUGAUGGGGCUUCCCCUGAGAAUAUCGCAUCUACCGUGGUUAACUGUACAAAAAUCGAAACUGGAAACAUUACAUUUUUCCGAGUUGGCAUUGUCCCCAAAUCACAGGUGUUACAGAUAUUACACCAAGUGCAGGAGAAGCAAAAGCAGGGUCACCUCAACGAGGCCUAUGUUGGUUCUACAGAAGACAUCACAGAAUAGAUCAUGCUGAUAAUGGAUUUACAAUGGAUGAACACUGACAGCACUAAAUAUACCCAGUCGAUAUUGAUUAUAUGAAAUCUAUGCUGCUUGUGGUAAAAUGAAUGACACAUGUUCUUCAUAUUCAGUAUUUAUAUAUAUUUAUUUAUUUUAUGUAAAAAUAAUUAAAUUAUUAUUUUUUUA